AUGACAUUUCAGUGGGGUGUGGCUGGAGCCGCUUAUCAGAUCGAGGGCGCUCAUGAUGCCGACGGCAAAGCAAGAUCGAUCUGGGACGACUUUUGUAAAGUUCCGGGUGCCAUUGACGACGGGACAUCUGCAGAGGUGGCAUGUGACUUCUACCACAGGUAUGAGGAAGACAUUGAACUCGCGCGAGCUGCGGGCUUCAAACACUUCCGCAUGUCCAUCUCCUGGCCGCGGAUUAUGCACGACGAUGGGCAGCCAAACGAGGCCGGGAUCGACUUCUACUCGAAGGUCCUGGAGAAGCUUGAGAAGGUUGGCAUGGAGCCUUGCGUGACGCUGUACCACUGGGACCUGCCGGCAUCCUUGCAGACAACAGAGAUGCCUGGGUGGAUGAGCCCGAAGAUCAUCGACAAAUUCAUGGCGUAUGCCACGUUGUGUUUCGAGCGCUUCGCACAUAGGGUUCCCAUGUGGAUCACCUUCAAUGAGCCUGCCGUGUUCGUUUUCGGAGGCUAUCAAGGAGGUUGGAACGCCCCCGGUGUCAAGCAGUCGGUCGCUGAGGCUCUCGUAGCUGUGCGGCAUGUUCUGCUCGCGCAUGCAAAAGUUGUGGCCCUUUAUCGGUCCCGCUUCCAGAACGGCGACAAGUCAAAGAGAAUUGGGAUCACACUGAACACGCGACACUACAAGGCUGUGGAUGCGAGCGAUGCUGCUGCGAAAGGCGCCCAGCACAUGUUGGAGGACCGCAUAGCUAGUUGGUCCGACCCUGUCGUCUUCGGCGACUUUCCUGAGAGCUUCAAGACAACCCACGGAGGCAACACGGCCGUAGCCCUCAGCGAAGUUGAUCAAGAAGCCCUAAGAGGCUCUAUCGACUUCCUAGGUAUCAACUACUACACGACGUCUGGCAUCCAGGAGGACAGCGAAUCAGGCUCAUCCGCCUUUAAGGUGGUAGAGCUUGGCGAAGCCUCGGGUGCAUCAUGGUUGCAUUCCUACCCCUCCGGCCUUAUUGAACUGUUGAGGUGGCUAUCAGGUCGCUAUCCUGGUCUGGAUGUGGUAAUCACUGAAAAUGGCUUCUGCACCCCUGCGGACGACCCAAAGGCAGUGGAGGAUGAUCCGCGCGUCAAGUACUACCAGGACCACACAGACAUUGUCAAGCAGGCCCUGGACGAAGGACUGCCCUUAAGGGGCUACUUUGCCUGGACUCUGCUGGAUAACUUCGAGUGGGCAGGGGGCUACAAGGAAAGGUUCGGCAUGGUGCACGUUGACUUCGAUGACAAGGAGCUACCGCGCACCGUGAAGAGCUCUUACCGUUGGUGGCAGCAGUUCUUGGGCUGA